CGGGGGGCGGGAAUUCCCGACGGAGCCGGAACCGAGCAGAGGCCCGGAACCGAGCAGAGGCCCGGAACCGAGCAGAGGGCCCGAGCGGCCCCGCGCGAGGUCGCUUGGUAGAGCUAAAGUCUGAGGAGAAAUUGAAAUGUUCCUGGUACGGGAGCGGAUGAGUCACCCCCGCGGGGAAGCCGGGGCGCGGCUGGGCCGAGGACCUGCGCUCUGCUGACCAGCCUUCCCCUUCCGGGGCCCCGUCUGCCUGCGUGACGCCCCCUUCCUAGGUCUGAGAGUCCCUGGAGCUGCCAGGGCCACCAUGGGGGCCUGGGGGGAGCCUGAGCUCCUGGUGUGGCGGCCGGAAGCGGUGGCUUCGGAGCCUCCAGUAGCCGUGGGGCUGGAGGUGAAGCUGGGGGCCCUGGCGCUGCUGCUGGCCCUCACCUUGCUUUGUAGCCUGGUGCCCAUCUGUGCGCUGCGGCGGCCUGGAGCUGGCCAGGAAGGCUCUGCUUUGCGUCGGAAAGCCCUGAGCCUCGUGAGCUGCUUUGCCGGAGGGGUCUUCUUGGCCACCUGUCUCCUGGACCUGUUGCCCGACUACCUUUCUGCCAUAGAUGAGGCCCUGGAGGCCCUGCACGUGACGCUCCAGUUCCCCUUGCAAGAGUUCAUCCUGGCCAUGGGCUUCUUCCUGGUCUUGGUGAUGGAGCAGAUCACACUGGCUUACAAGGAGCAGUCAGUGCCGCCACAUCAAGAGGAAUCGAGGGCCCUGCUGGGAACACUGAAUGGUGGGCCGCAGCACUGGCAUGACGGCCUGGGGGUCCCCCCUGCAAGAGGAGUUCCGGCAGCCCCUUCGGCCCUGCGUGCCUGUGUACUGGUCUUCUCCCUAGCCACGCACUCGGUGUUUGAGGGGCUGGCAGUGGGCCUGCAGCGAGACUGGGCUCGGGCCAUGGAGCUGUGCCUGGCUUUGCUGCUCCACAAGAGUAUCCUCGCUGUCAGCCUGUCCCUGAGGCUGCUGCAGAGCCACCUGCGGGUGCAGGUGGUGGCUGGCUGUGGAAUCCUCUUCUCAUGCAUGACACCUCUGGGCAUUGGACUGGGUGCUGCUCUGGCAGAAUCAGCUGGGCCUCUGCACCAGUUGGCCCAGUCUGUACUGGAGGGCAUGGCAGCUGGCACCUUUCUUUAUAUCACUUUCCUGGAAAUCCUGCCUCAGGAGCUGGCUUCUUCUGAGCAGAGGAUCCUCAAGGUCAUUCUGCUCCUAGCAGGUUUUGCCCUGCUCACUGGCCUGCUCUUUGUCCAAAUUUAGGAGGCUUCAAUGUAGGGGUAAGGGAAGCUGCCUACCAGGUGCUUCUGGUCUUCAUUCCCCAGUGUGUGGAGAACAGAAGGGAAUGGGGAAGGGAGGUAUGAGCUAAGAGUUCUCUGGGAAGUAGGAAUGGAGCCUUUGGGGUUAUAUCUAAUGAGGGAAGUGAGCAGAGAAGAGGCUGAGUCCCUGAAGACAUGAUCGGACCUUAGCAGUGAAGCAGACCCUGGCUCCCGGGCUCAGAGGUCACACACUAGUCAUGGACAAACUGACACUGGGGAGGCCGGAGGUGGGUGGGCACCCAGCCACUGUGGGAUAAAAACGUGGAGAGGCCAGGGUCCAGAGUCAGCUUCCUGUUGGUUCUAGCCCAUUUUGGCACCCUGUGACUUGCAGUGGACCCUUCCUACUUUUCUAAGAAUUGAUUUUUUUUUUUUUGGUACUGGGGAUUGAACUCAGGACUUGUGCUUGUGAGGCAGGCGCCAGAACCACUGAGCUACAUCCCCAGCCCCUUCCUACUUUUCUUACGUCCUGCGCAUCUCCCUUCUCUUCUCCCAGGGGCACUGAUGUCAAAUGGUCUCUCCCUGCCAAUUAUGAUACCUUUUCUGGCCUCUAGCCCUGGUCACGCCUCUAUUUUUAAAGUGCCAAACAAAUCUUUUUCUCAAAGCACAGAGAUGUGGCAGUGGGCCCUGCCCAGCACCUCAGUGCAGGGGACCUACUUGCUUUUUAUUUUGGUUCUAUGUUUGGGGUGGGGCAAAAAUUUUGACUAGGCUGGUUUGAGGGGAGACCUGUGACCACCUACUGCUGCUGCACCCUAGGAAUAGGGGAGGGACAUGGACAUGGUGUCCCAUGCCUAGAUAAUAAAUAGAGCUGCCAAACAUUUUUAUGCCCAGUGAGCCCAGGGGGAGGGAAAUGUUCGCCCCCAGGGUUAUUUUUGGGGAGGGAGGGCUGUGUAUAGGCCAUGUUCUCUAGAAUCUAUUUUACUAACUGACCUGUUUUGGGACAUAUUAGCAGAAUAAAAGAUGUUUCUAUACAUC